CGUGGCCAAAGGGUUAGUCCAAGGCAACCAGGAGUGGUCGGAACCUUCUUCCCCAUCCUUCCCUUCCCCUUCCCCUGCCAGGGAAGGCUGAGACCGGCACCCAGGCUACCCCGCGGCCUCCGUGGCCUCAGCUCCAGCCUGGCCCCGCGUCCUGAGAACCCAGGCCACGUCCCGGGCGAGUGCUCCUGAUUGUGACAUCAUACCCACCCCUUGGCCAUGAAACUUGUCACUAGGAAGAAAGACUCAGCCGGAGAAUAGCCAACAAGAUGGGAUACUUGGAGCAUCUCCUGAGUGGCACUGAGUGGAGGCAUCCAGGGGUCGGAACCUUGUAAACAGGGAGCCUGCCCCCACCACCUAGACGGACCUGGGUUCAGUGAUGAGACAUGGGGUAUGAUGUAACGCGUUUCCAGGGGGAUGUUGACGAGGACCUUAUCUGCCCUAUCUGCAGUGGAGUCUUGGAGGAGCCAGUGCAGGCACCUCACUGUGAGCAUGCUUUCUGCAACGCCUGCAUCACCCAAUGGUUCUCUCAGCAGCAGACGUGUCCGGUAGACCGCAGCGUUGUCACGGUUGCCCACCUGCGCCCAGUGCCUCGGAUCAUGCGGAACAUGCUCUCAAAGCUGCAGAUCGCCUGUGACAACGCUGUGUUUGGCUGCAGCGCUGUUGUCCGGCUUGACAACCUCAUGUCCCACCUCAGUGACUGUGAGCACAACCCGAAGCGGCCUGUGACCUGUGAACAGGGCUGUGGCCUGGAGAUGCCCAAAGAUGAGCUGCCGAAUCACAACUGCAUUAAGCACCUGCGCUCCGUGGUGCAGCAGCAGCAGACUCGAAUCGCAGAACUGGAGAAGACGUCCGCCGAACACAAGCACCAGCUGGCGGAACAGAAGCGAGACAUCCAGCUGCUGAAGGCAUAUAUGCGUGCAAUCCGUAGCGUCAACCCCAACCUUCAGAACCUGGAGGAGACGAUCGAGUACAACGAGAUCCUUGAGUGGGUGAACUCCCUACAGCCAGCAAGAGUGACCCGCUGGGGAGGGAUGAUCUCCACCCCUGACGCUGUGCUCCAGGCUGUAAUCAAGCGCUCCCUGGUGGAGAGCGGCUGCCCGGCCUCUAUUGUCAACGAGCUGAUUGAAAAUGCCCAUGAACGUAGCUGGCCCCAGGGUCUGGCCACACUAGAGACCAGACAGAUGAACCGACGCUACUAUGAGAACUACGUGGCCAAGCGCAUCCCUGGCAAACAGGCUGUUGUGGUGAUGGCCUGCGAGAACCAGCAUAUGGGUGAUGACAUGGUGCAGGAGCCAGGGCUCGUCAUGAUCUUUGCACAUGGUGUGGAGGAGAUCUGAGAGCACGUAACUGGCUAUUAGGAAGAGGUAGAAAUGGAAAAUCCCAUUGCUCCCGCCGCCGAGCCGGAGUUUUCCCACUGUCCUUAUGCCAUGGCUGUAGUUGAGCCACACACUCCCUGCUCUUCUGGCACAAAGGACCUGGGGCACUUUGCUCAGCCUUCCAGCAGGUGAACCCAAUCCUGCCUUUGGCCAUGUUCCUUCCCCCACAACGUCUGUGAAGUGGGUGGAGAAACCCCACCUCUGUAUUCCCCUGCCUGAGAUCCCCGGUUCCCAAAUAUUUUCAGAAAGCACAAAGAAAUUUGUUUUCCCUAGAGGAUCAGGGUGCAGUGAGGAAUCUCUAAUUGUCCCUCUCUUCCAAAACCAGGGAAUCGGAGCAGGCAGGCUUGCUGACUCCACGCAGACAGCCAGCAGAAGUGCUAAGGGUGUGCCCACAACCUCUUAGUAGCCAGCGAGUUCGGGACCUGGUCAUCACUGACAGCUCUUGGGGAAGAUUGGACCUCUGUGCCAAGCACAUACUUGUGCAGCCCACCUGGGAGGUGCAGGCCUUGCCGGAUGUGCAGGGUGGGACACUGAGGCGCCCAUUUGAACUCUUUCCUUCACUUUUUCAUAAUUAGGGCAGGGCUGGGUGGGGGUUAGACGCUGGGGUUCAUACACUCAGCAGGAAGCUGCUGUCUGGCUCUGCUGACUAGGACGGGCACUGUCUCCUGUGGCGUGUCCAGGGACACGCCACAGGCCCCUCUCCAGCCCUGUGAUUGUAGUUAGUUUCAUUUCCUUCAGCAUUGUUGGUUCAUAUUGCGCGAGUCACAGAUCCCUGCUGUUACCCAGUUUUGUCUUCAUAGGAUGGCCUGGGUAUGGCUGUCCUACUCUCCAGCCUGGCCACAUUGUUGGCAACU